UUUCGAGGUCAUUGACAUAUUCAGGCUUAAGCCGCGCACCAGAAUCAAUCCUACAUCAACGUGAGCUAUGUACAUAUUGUAAUUACGACAAGAUCUAUUCUUCCCUUUCUAUUUCUCCAUCGCAACUCUCCUUUGCACUUCGGCAGCAUGAACCCCUCGUGGACAUGUCGAGCAUGUCUCCGCUCAGUCCGAGCCCAAUGGGCGCCUUUUAUACCCAAUUUCCAGUCGUCAUCGUCCCUUUUACCGCUUACCCGCUUCAACUCCUCUCAAUCCCAAGCCCAGGCCCAAGAGCAGACGAAAGGGUCCUCUCCGAAUCGACCUUCCCGACCGACUCCCGUUCAGCGUGUCGCCAAAGUCCUGCAAAACCGCGCUCCCGCUAUGGUUGAGACAUACCAUGCAUUUGGCGCCACGGAACAUCUGUAUAAAGAAUGCGCAAGUCAAGCCAUCUACAACGUCCCUCAAGCCCGCGACAAAUCCCUGGGCGAGAUCCCUCUUUCAAAAAGCGGCAAACACCUCGGUGUGGGCGAAGGGUGGUGGUACGACGAAUUGAAACUCGAGCCGACCUUCAGCACAUGGGCACAUGUGACUUUCCUACACAUGUAUCUUUUGACCGUGCGGUUCCGGAUGUUUCCACCCGAGUACGCGACCACUUGGCACCAGCAUCUAACGGACCAUUUCUUCCACGACGCCGAAGCGAAAAUGGAGGUGCUCCACCUGAUGACGAUGCGAGGCAUGAGGAAUAAGUUCCUCAAAGACCUUUUCACACAGUGGAGAGGCUGUCUGGUGUCUUACGACGAGGGCCUCGUCAAAGGGGACGCUGCCCUUGCCGCUGCCGUUUGGCGGAAUUUAUUCCAGGGCGAAAAGGACGUGGAUUUCGUGGCCUUGGCGCAGGUGGUGAGUUACAUGCGAAGGGUCAUCGCGGGGCUAGAUCAGCUGUCCGACGGAGAGGUUAUUGAGUCGGGCUUGAAAUUUGGACACGUGGAUCAGGAGAAGCCGAUGGUGCUGAUGAAGAGCAGGUUAAUGGACUCGGGCUCAUGAGUCCUGGUCCUUCAUCAGCAGCAUGGCGUUUGGGGAAGGCUGUGGAGCGGUUACGAUAUCGUAAGUCCACGCUCUUGUAUAUGUAACUUGUAUCACUGUCGCUGCACUGUAUCAUUAUGACCAACUAUCUAAAUUUUCGCUGUUCGGGGUUCUCCAUACCCCACCGCACGCUCGAGUUUGAAGACCCUCAUCUUCGCAGCCUUCACGUCCCCUUUAACCUUUUUGGCCCAUUCGGUCGCCGCG